AUGACGAUUCCAGGGGCACCGACGGAGACCGAAGUUGGUGCUGUCUGGAGAGUCGUAACCAAGAACGCGGCUAACAGCUCCGCUGACUUUGUUUCCGUUUCGCCCUGUCUCUUCUACGACGAGCCGUGUACUAUCCAGCACUGGCAACUGCGGGACUUGCUUCACGUGCCUUCGUAUCCAUUCGGUACGGGACGGUUUGUGUACUUUGUGUCAGAGGGGUCGCUUCGGCGGCUGGACUUGAAGUACUGGCACACGCUAGCUCAAGAAGGAGACACAGCUAGUGUCCGAGCGGCGGCGCUCCCGGCUGGCGCACGUGUAGCUAGCCGGGUUCGCGAUGCCCUCGAAAGCCUUGCUCGUGAGCGCUACCUUUUUCUUUUGCGGAGAGAACUGCGAGAGCGUCAGAGACGUGCAGAUGCUGGUGAGACAGCGCGAGCCAACCUGCCAGAGUUUCAUGACGCAUCUCACCUCUGGGACGAUGCUGACGACAACGACGUGAGCUCCGCAUACCUGCCCGUGCCCACGCGUACUGCCACCGCGGGAAGGAUUCCAAGUGAUCGACGUGACCGCAGUCCGCGACGCUCCACCGCAGGCGCGAACAGCGAGCCAGACGCGAGUGUUCUGCCGCUGUUCAUGCCACUCACUGGCGCCGAAGCCGCCACGAUGCUCGCGGGUUCGCAGAUCGAUGAGCUUUUACGUUUGGAGUUGGAGCAGAGUGCGCGCAUGCUUACGCAAUUGAUCCGCGAAGCACCUAGCGCAGACACUCGUAUUCGGCUCGUUCGGGUUGGCGGCACUGGCCCUGUAUCUGUCCAGGAUAGAGAAUCAGGAGUGAAUAACUAUCGUACGGUGCCCGCAAGGUCGCGAUCAAGGCGCUCGGCAGAUCCACGGCAGGCGAUGGACCCGCGACCUCGAUUGGAGCCUUCUGGGCGCACGACCGCCUUGCUGAAUCAAGAUUCUUGGCAGCGUUCGAGUAGACAACUCGAAACAAGCACGCAUCCAUCUGCAUUGAGGCGUCCUCCAUCGGCAAGUAUGCCAACGGAGCGAGAGAUGUCGCCUGCUCCCACAGACAAGCGCUACCGCUCGCAAAGACUUCAAAAAUAUUCGUUCUGGCCAACAAGCCUAUGCGUCAUGGAACCGUACGUUGCUGUGGGCGGACAAGGUGGUCAGCUGGUAGUUGGGCACCUGAAUCACAUUGCAAGCGAGGGCAUCCAAGCUGAUCAUGAUGGCUCACCAGACGCAUACCCGCAAGAGGGGGAAAAUCUAACCGACGACGACGACGACGACUCAUAUCUCAACCGCCGAGUGGAGCGGACACCCGCUCACAUAACUCGAGAGCUAGAGGGUUCAUAUCGUUGGGGAUACCAACAGUACGACUUGGCUGUUGAACAGAGCGGGUUUUGGGGCCCGCAUCUGGGUCGGACGGCAGAAGUUACGGAUUCAGUACACUGCACAACGUUGCUCUGUGGCGAGCUGCGAGCCGGUGUGGUGAACAAUGCGCUUACCAUGGCGCCGACACCGGCAGACGCGGCACGAACGCAGUCUUGGUAUCUGGAGGCAACAUCAUGGGACGCACCGACCACAGCGUGGUCAGGCGCUCUUCCGCGAUACCUGCUGGUAUCAACGAACGAUGAAUCAGUGAAAAUCUUUGAUCUGGAACGCGUGCGGGAAGGUCACGUCGCGUCCACCACAAACGAUGCACAUUCAGCUUCAUCUGGAUUACCGUCAUCAACGCUUGCAUCACAGCGCCGCGCACGAACCUUAGAACCCGACCAGGUUAUUCGCUGUUCCACAAAUAUCAACUACACAGCUGUCUCACCGGACGCGAAGCGACUGCUCGCUGUGGGCGAUAGCGCUGAGGUUUUCCUCUUCGACUCCUUAUCGCCAAGCACGGGGGGUGGGUUUCGUCUUCAUACCACCCUGCGCGAGGCCCUGGAUGCCGGCAUCUCUGCUGCCUGGCAUCCAUCGGGUCGGCAGUUUGCAGUCGCAAGCCAGGACGGCACGUGCUGUGUAUGGGAUACACGUUUUCUCAACAAGCCGCUGGUCCGCUACUAUACCCAGUCGCUGUUCCCGAUCCGUAGUGCAUGCCGCUCAGUGAAGUUCUCCCCCGCAGAGGCCGACGUUGAUCUUUUGGUUUUUGCUGAGCAUCAAAAAUACGUACACAUUGCCUGUGCCAGAACCUAUGGCGACCAAGUACAGACCAUCAACCUCUCAAGCGCGGGUCGUUCCGACGAAGCGAGCAGAAGAGGCUCACCGUGGCAAGAGCAGGAGGAACAUAUCGCUGGUCUGGGAUUCGCGCGACACGGGUCCUCACUGAUGGUCGGCACCGAAUCGGGUAUCCGUGAAUAUCACGUCCAUCAUCGACAGCGGCAUCAACUUGGCGACUUUAUCUGGUAA